GGGCUGCCCAUUUUUCAACCCCACCUAGUUACAGUCCGGAUAGGAAAAAAAAAAAAAAGCCCAAAUUACCAGGAGGCUGCUUAUAGGGCGCCGGGUUAGGCAAAUAUUUCACCUGCUUGGCCAAUUAGCUUCCUCUCCCAGUAAGACUAGUUCAACAGGUUUCCUUUUUCUCUUCCUCCGCCUUCUGGGUUGGGGAGAGAGGCUGUCACUUCGCUUCGACCCUCCCCCUUCCCUCCCUCCCGGCUCUGCCCCGCCUGCUCGGGCGAAUCGCGCCGGCUCCAACGUGUCCAGGUUGGCGGCCCCCGGCGCCGGCGGCCCGGAUGCGCCAAGCAGCCCAGGGCGCGGGGAAGGGCGCGGAGGGUUCGCUGGGCCUGCGCGCGGGACGGUAGGAGCCGGCGAAGCGGGAGGAGGAGGCUGUCUGAAGGUGCCCUCCAGACGCGGCCCUGAUGACUGAACUACAGCAAGAUGUGGACGACACAAAGCCUGCCAAAGUGCUGGGGAAGAGAGAGGGCAAAGUUGGCUCAGCCCACUCAGAGGCUGAGAAUGGUGUGGAGGAGAAAAAGAAGGUCUGCAGGUCACCGGCAGCCCUGUCCCCUGCUCCACCCAGUGAGGCCGAGUCCACAGACCAGAAGAGAAUCAUUUCCCUGCGGUCGAAGUCCAGUUUUGAUGGUGCCUCUUUAGCAAGUGAGAAGAACGACUGUAAAACAGAAAGCAAGAGUGACUCUAAGAUUGAAAGGAAGAAGUCCUCAUCUUCCAGCCAGGACAAGGCAAACACACACUUCCACAAGCUGUUUCUGGAUGUCCCCACUGAGGAACCCCUGAGGCAAAGUUUUACUUGUGCUCUACAGAAGGAAAUAUUAUACCAAGGGAAGCUCUUUGUAUCAGAAAACUGGAUUUGUUUUCAUUCCAAGGUCUUUGGGAAAGACACUAAGAUCUCUAUUCCGGCUUUCUCGGUAACCCUGAUAAAGAAAACCAAAACUGCCCUUCUGGUGCCAAAUGCCCUGAUUAUAGCAACGGUCACAGACCGGUACAUAUUUGUCUCCUUACUCUCCAGAGAUUCAACUUACAAAUUACUGAAAUCUGUGUGUGGGCACUUAGAAAAUACAAGUAUUGGCAACAGUCCCAAUCCAUCUUCUCUUGAAAACAGUUUCCGGGCAGACCGCCCUUCAUCUCUGCCUCUAGAUUUCAACGAUGAAUUCUCAGAUCUGGAUGGAGUGGUACGGCAAAGAAGGCAAGACAUGGAAGGAUACAGCAGUUCUGGAUCUCAGACUCCUGAAUCUGAGAACUCUCGAGAUUUCCACGUGACAGAGUCCCAGACAGUGCUGAAUGUCUCCAAGGGAGAAGCAAAACCAACUCGGGCUGAUGCCCUUGUGAACAGAGUACCUGAAGGAAAAGCCAAGAGCCUCCCUGGGCAUGGUCAGUCAGAAACCAUUGGAAUCAUAUCCAGAGUAAAGUCUCAGAAAUGUCCAACUCUCCAUCAUAUUCUUAUAUUCUAUGCAAUUGUUGUCUGUGCACUAAUCAUCUCGACCUUCUACAUGAGAUACAGAAUUAAUUCUCUGGAGGAGCGGCUGGGGUCACUAACCUCCAUUGUGGACACCCAUCAGACUGAACACACGGCACCAUCCGGCCUGGGGUCACAAGUACAGCUAAAUGUGGAGGUCCUGUGCCAAGAGCUUGCGGCUAACAUAAUGAGAUUAGAAAAGAUACAAAACAGCUUACAAAAGCUGCUUGAGAAUGGGGACUGAUCGGCCAGAAGCUCGGGCCAACGCAAUACCUCGCACUUCCUUGAAGUAGGUGCUCCCCAGGCGUUCUGGUGGAGCGCUCCCUGCUGGCCAGAGGAGCGAGCGGACGGGCAGCCCCAGCCACACUUGCCCUUGGAGGUCACCGGCUCAGGAAAGAGGCUAAGGGGAAUAACUUGGGUUCCUGUGCAAUAAAAGUUGACCUCGACUCUGAGGAGGUUUCCAGUGCUGCUGCCUGAAGAAGACAGACCCAUCUCUGGAGGUCUCAGGAAGAGCCUGGCGGACACCUGGAUGAUUGUGGUCCAGCAGGUUAUUGUGACUGUCGGCAAUACUUGACAUACUCCACUCCAGCCUUUUCAGUCCUACCCACCCGCCUGUCCUCUCCUGUACACCCCUCUUAACCAGCCUUCAACCUAAAGGAUAUAUCACGUGCCAACAAACUCAAUACGGUCCUUUAAAGAAUUUACCAUGACUCUCCAAAAAAGCAGGGGGAAAAUUAAAAAAAAAAAAGUCCUAAUGGACAGACUUGCUUCAAACAAAUAACAUUUUAGUUUUUUUUUCCCUUCCCUAUCCCAUUUUAGGUUUUGUAUUGUUCCUCUAACUAAUAAUUAAUAGGACUGAUUCUCACCCACCCCAGGUCAAGAAUCUGUGAGACAUGAGACUAAAGUACUAAAUUAAACUUAGAGACCAAAACUAAUCUUUAGACCAAAAAGUAUAAUAGCAAUUUGAUACAGGAUGAAAAACACUGCAUUUUUAAGAUUGUAGGUGGACUGUGUUUGUUUCAAAAUAAGAUGUCUGUAAUUAAUGCUGAAACCCAUCUCAGCAUGAUAGCAUGCUUUUCUCUUUUGCUGACUAAAAUACAUAACCGGUGGUUUGCUAACUUCUAUUUACCAUAUGGGUUGGCUGGUUUUUAUUAAUAAUUAUUUAGAUACCCUAAUAUCUGUAAUAUAAAAGAUAUUCUGUUUAUCUAUAACACAUUUUAUAAUCAUUUCUAUGAAAUGUAUUUUGUUUAAUCAGAUAAGCUAAUAAGUGAAUUGGUUACAUCAUUUGUAUUUGUUAGCCUACUGGAUAAGAAUUGUGCCUGGUGCACCCCUGGCUUUUAAUAAAUACUCGUUGGUUAUAAUGCCCUGCUAACACUGAAUGUUUUGUCAGUUUGUAAAUUCUUUUAACUAAGACAAUAUGCUUUUUAACUGCUUUUUACCUCCUCCCUACUACUUCCAACUCACCCAUACCUCCUUCUUCCCAAGUAUUCACUUCCAAAAAGAUGAUUUAAGUUCUUGGAUGGCAAUGAUAUAGGGGAAAGAAAAAUGAACUUUGAAAUCAGAAAACCAGUGCUUGAUUCCUGGGUCCUCAUUUUAUGAAUUAUGUGACUGUCAUUUCCCCCCAUUUUAUUCAUGAGGAUAAAAGUACCAGGAGAAAGUGUCAUUGUGAGAAUUAAACAUCAUAAUGUUUCUAAAGCACAUCACCAUGUGAGGCAAGUUGUAUACUCUUAAUAGGAACCAUAUGCAUUAUUUCUUAAAAUGUUUGCAUGCCUGACAGUCCAGUUUUAUAAAAGUUCUAUGUCAAUGCUUUAUAGUUAAAACCCAUUAGAGAUUCAAGAGUGGGUCAGCCACCUCUGGAGAGAAAUUUUACAGCUGUGCAAAGAGGCUUUAAAUGGUUCAAAUUUCACUGAAUUAGUAAUCUGCUAUCCAGGAAUUUAUACCACAGCAAUAAGCAGAGAUCUAGUCAAGGAUUUAUAUAUAAGAAUAUUCUUGGCUUAACAGCAAAAUAAUAGAGACUAUUCAAUAGUAGAGCACUUAAGUUAUGUCACUAUUCAGAAUGAUAUUGUCAAAAAAUGGCAUGGAAAAUACCAUUAAAAAGGUAAGCAUAUAGAGGAUGUGGAGAAAAGGGAACCGUCCUGCACUGUUGGUGGGAAUGUAAAUUGGUGCAGCCACUAUUGAAAACAGUAUGGCGGUUCCUCAGAAAGCUAAAAAUGGAAUUACCAUAUGAUCCAGCAAUCCCACUUCUGUGCAUAUAUCUAGACAAAACUAUAAUCCCAAAAGAUACAUGCACCUCAGUGUUUGAUAGCAGCACUAUUCACAAUAGCCAAGACACAGAAACAACCUAAAUGUCCAUCGACAGAUGAAUGGAUAAAGAAGACACAAGUAUUCCAUAUAUACAAUGGAAUACUACUCAGCCAUACAAAAGAAUGAAAUAAUGCCAUUUGCAACAACAUGGAUACAACUAGAGAUUAUCAUACUAAGUGAAGUAAAUCAGGGAAAAUACCAUAUGAUACCACUCAUGUGGAAUAUAAAAUAUGACACAAAUGAACCUUAUCUAUGAAACAAACAGACUCAUGGACAUAGAGAACAGACUUGUGGUUGCCAAGGGGGAGGGGCUCAGGGGAGGGGUGGAGUGAGAGGUUGGGAUUAGCAGAUGUAAGCUAUUUUGUAUGGAAUGGAUGAACAAGGUCCUGCUGUAUAGCACAGAGAACUAUAUUCAGUAUCCUAUGAUAAACCAUAAUGGAAAAGAAUAUCUAAAAAGAGAAUAUAUAUAUGUAUGUAUAACUGAAUCACUUUGCUGUACAGCAGAAAUUAACACAACAUUGUAAAUCAACUAUAUUUCAAUAAAAUCAUUAAAAAG